AUGCAUGUACGGUUCCUCGAUAUCUUCUGUGUGUUUUUGUUUCAGGUCUUUCAGGUUGCAUAUGUCAUCAUUAAAGCUGCCAAUGCACCUCGCCCUGGAAACUGGAUUUUGGAGCACUCUCUGAAUGGCACCACAUUCAGCCCCUGGCAGUAUUAUGCAGUUAGUGACACAGAGUGUUUGACUCGCUACAAUAUAACUCCAAGACGGGGGCCACCCACUUACAGGGCUGGUGAUGAAGUGAUCUGCACCUCGUAUUAUUCUAGACUGGUGCCACUAGAGCAUGGAGAGAUUCAUACAUCACUAAUCAACAGCAGACCAAGUGCUGAUGAUCUGUCACCCAAGCUGUUGGAAUUUACUGCUGCACGUUAUAUACGCCUUCGCUUCCAGGGCAUUCGAACACUUAAUGCAGAUCUCAUGACCCUUAGCCACUGGGAACCUAAAGACAUUGAUCCUAUUGUUACAAGACGAUAUUACUACUCAAUAAAAGACAUUUCUGUUGGCGGGAUGUGCAUUUGCUACGGCCAUGCUAGCAGCUGCCCAUGGGAUGACACUACAAAGAAACGACAGUGUCAGUGUGAACAUAACACCUGUGGAGAGAGGUGUGACAGGUGCUUCCCAGGAUACCACCAGCAGCCCUGGAGGCCCAUGACCGUUUCUUCUGGCAACACAUGUGAAGAAUGUAAUUGUCACAAUAAAGCCAAAGACUGCUACUAUGAUGAAAGUGUUGCAGAUCAGAAGAGAAGUGUGAACACUGCCGGACAGUUCAGAGGAGUAGGGGUCUGCAUAAAUUGCCUGCAGAACACCAUGGGGAUCAAUUGUGAAACCUGUGUCGAUGGACAUUAUAGGCCACACCAAGAAAAUGUUGAGGGAAAAGACUGUCAUCGCUACAAGCCAGGAUUCUAUAACCUGAAGGAGAGAAACCCCCAGGGCUGCUCCGAGUGCUUCUGCUUUGGCGUUUCUGAUGUCUGCGAUGGCCUUUCUUGGCCCAUCAGUCAGUUCCUAAGCAACCUGUUUUGUGAAUCUUCAUCCCCUUUCCCGUGGCAGACUUCUGACUUUCCUCCUGAAUUCCCAACCCACUUGGGCCUUCCUGAAGUGCUCGUCACAUGUCUGCAGGUUAGUGGCGGCAGACUCACUGCGCGGCAUAUGGCAGGCCCUCAGAGAAUGUUCCACCCUGGGACUGCUGAGCUGAUCCCCCACUUCCACAUCAGGACAGGCUAUUGCUCAUGUUCUGACCAAUCUGAAAACACAUUUGGGGGAAUCUAUCUCAACAACUACAGCUCCCCGCUCAGCUUACCAUGA